CCCAGCAGAGCAGUUCAUUGACCAAUGGCUGACAUCGGGCCACCAGAGGGAGCUUAUGAGCUCCCAGUGAACUGCUCUGCUGGGAGCAAUGCGUUAUGGGAAGAAAUUAAAAUGGCUGUUAUUUUAAAACUCAUAUUGGUACGUGUCUUGUAUAUUUCCUAGUUACCUUUGGAGUGUUAAGUUGCUGUGUGAUGAUUUUAGCCUUCUAUCUAAGAUGACCCCGUGAGUCAGACUGUUAUGUUGAGUAAUGACCUCCUGCGAUUUCCGACAAGUUGACAAGCUCAUCGUGAGUUCCCUUGUAGCUCAUGAUUGGUUCCUGCUAAAGAAAGACCUACCGUUUCCUCACUGACUUGCGAGCGGCACAGUAUUUAAACGAUCAGUAAUAGUUGUGUGUCACGAGAUUAGAGGAUGGGCAUAUAUUAACCGCACCACUGUAUAUGAAAAAACGGUCAAACUACCAACUUACAACCUUUAUUAAAGUUAUAGAUUUUAUUUAUAUAUAUAUACAGUAUAUAUAUAUGUAUAAUAUAUGUAUUUUUUACAAUCACGCAAGUGUAAAAAUAAGUUAACCAGUUAAUAUGAAGACACAUUUAAUUGUGACAAAUGUAAAAAGAAAUGCACCACUGUAAAAACAACAAAAUCCUCAAGGGAUGACACAAACUAUUUGGGGGAUAAGGCCAAAUAAAAAGUGAAAAGAAAGUUGUUUUUUUAAUCAUUUCCUUUUUGACAAAAGAAAAAAGAUCCUCAUUGAGGUCUUUCAUGACAGUAGUUUGACUCUGUCCUUGUUUUCAUCUGAUUCCAAAGUGUACAGCUUGAGCGCUUGCUCAGCUUCAGAGGUUUCACGUUAGCGCUCGGUUCUGGACCAAAAAAAAGAAAAGAAGUGUACUCAGGCCUCGCGUGGGCUCAUGGCGGCUGAUGGAUGAGGUCAACGUUGUUUCUGAUCAUGUAGUCCAUUUGUGCAAAAGCUGGACUCUUCCAAAGAUGAUUUUCAUAUCUAAAAGCACUCACAGCUGUAAUGUUAUUAAGGCGCUUGGACAUUUAUUGUUCCGAAUGACUCCUGCAGCUUCAAGUAGGAACAUUUAUUUACUUAUUCAUCUAAUGUCUUGAAGGGUGGGACUGUAGUAAGGGGGGCAGUAGGUACUCCCUAUAGGAAAGUAUUUAUUCCUUGACCUUGUACCUGAACAAAUGCAAGUAUAAUACUACUUAAAGUAACAAUAUGUACAAAUUUGACCUCAGAACAGCACCCGAAAAUGGUGCGAAUGUCCCACAGGCUUGUAAUAUGGAGAAUCACGUCUGCGUAGUUUCCAUGGCAACCCCAAAUUGCCUGCUUGAGUGGUCUGUAGUAACGGUGUACCAGCCUGGACACAGCUAAUGUUUGCAUUAGCAUUAAAAUUGUGUCCCAUCCGGAUGGCACGCUCUGUAGCAUCAGCGAUAACAUUACUGUUCAGAAUUGUCUACCAACAGAAUGUUAUCGAGUUAGCUUCAGAGCUAACUUUUACCAUGUUGAACCAACCAAUACGCUUGAGUUACCAUCAGAGCUGUUUAGAAUGGGGUAGUCUACCAAUCAAGUGCCCGAACAUUAGCAUCAAUGCUAAUGUUAUUGUUUACAAUUGUGUACCAAAUAUUCUGUACUUAGCAUCAGAGCUAACAUCGCUGUUUAUAGUAGGGUGCUAACCGAAAGCUCUUGAGUUAGCAUCAGAGCUAACAUUAAUAUUUUACAUUUGGGUAUAAACCAAAUGCUCUCUAGUUGGCAUCUGCACUAACAUUAUUGUUCACAGUGUAGUACAAAAAAAAAGAUCUCGCAAGUGAGCAUUAGCAGAGAGCUAACAUUAUUGUUCAGAACUGCGUGCCAACCAAAUGCUGUCUUAUUAGCGUCAGAGCUAACGUUGUUUAGAAUUGUCUGCCAACCGACUGCUCUUUAGUUAGCGUCAAAGCUAACAUCAUUCGGUAUUAAUCCCCAUUGUCCCCAUCUUUAUCACAUGGCCCAGAAGUGCCUUGCAAAACAGUUGGCAAUAAAUAUUGCAAAAAAUAACAAUCAAACCUAAUCUCUUUUUAGUAUUGUUUGUUGUUAUUUAAUUAGCACCAGCAAGCUGCUUUUAAUCCCUUUUCAAAUCCCAAACUAGCUUGAUUUGUGUAUUUUGGUGUUUUUUUUCCUGGGGUAUCUUUGCUGUUAUGUAUGCAACUCAGUGCUGCACUUUAAAAUGUACCGUAACAAAAAGAACAAAUAAAGUAUUUUGAGCUGAUCUUCUAACACUGGCCGCGAAUCAAUAGUUGCAUUUAUUACAAAAACCUUUUGUCUGCAUUUUGACUGAUUCAGUGUCUUGUUUUGGUUCUUGUGCGCUUGCAUUGGAUUGACUUGUCUUGUGCUCCAAACACAGGUCCGUGUUAUUUCCAUCGUGUUCAAAGUUGGACGGUGGCUGCAUGGUUGGCGCGGUAGCGUGUGCAGCGGCGGGCAGAUGAAUCCUCAAGCCUAGUUUAUGCUCCUGCCCGAAGGUCCUCGCUCCUCCCCCUCCAAAACCUCCUGUAUAGCUUGACGUGCGCCUCCACAAAAAAAAUUACAAAAAAUAAAUUAACCUUACAAAGCAGGGUCGGUUUUUAGUACAUUAUUGACUCGCUCAUUUGCAAACGCCUCCUUUUUAAAUUUUGAAUCAAUAUUUUCAAUAAAAGUGAUUGUUUAACACAUUGAUUAGUUACACAUCCAAUAAUACUCUCCUUCUCUCUUUAAUUGCUAUUGAUCGCUUGCGGCGAAAGGACUGCACGUCCCGCGCUCACGAAGAGCCAUAAAAGGAUCAAGACUGCAUCCACUAGUGACGACACGAAAACAUAAUCUGAAAUGGGGGCUUCCCCAAGGGGGAGAUACUGCAACAACUAGAAAAUGAAUGAGUCGUGCUUCUGACAACUUUAUUAACCCCGUCUGACCGUCGACAUGCGCCCGCCAGCAAAGACGGACAUAAAUCAGCAGCGUCAUUGUUCGCUUCGGUGGCGCGUCCUUCUCUUCGUGGUGACAUUUCACAUUAUAUUCUGCCUUGAAUAAUCCUCUCAGUAUGGACGCUGUGAUAAGAGCACAAAGCUUAUUCCAAACGCUGUCAUGUGACCAAGCUGGUUCAUUGUUUGUCACCCUUAUGACAGAAAGAUGCUGAUUAAAAAACAAUCUUUGUGCAGGAAGGAACACAUCAUCACUUUUCCUCUUUCUCCCGAGAGAAGGCAUUACUUCUUUGGAAUGAUGCCCAACCUCUGACCUUGCUGCCAAGAGGUCAAGCAGUGAGCUGAGUAGAGGUGUAGCUGCACGCCUCUGCUCUGAAUCGUGUGUGGGAGCACUGGAUGCUCGCCGCUCGACGCCACUUCACCCGGCUCAUUUGUGGGCAUCACGAAGGCGUGGAGUUGGCAAAAAAUGCGGAGUGUUCCAAAUGUAUCUUCAUUGAAAACACCAACACCAGGUGGAUAGGUCAAGAAGGGCUUUUAAAUGUGCCGUUAUUUUCAAGUGCUCUGUUGGAAAGAGCUAACUUUAAAAAUGGCCAUAAACUCUUUGAACUGUAAAAUUGAGAUUUUUGUGGCCAAUUGCAGGGCCGGAUUGUCUAAAAAUUACAAUCAUAAAGUCCUAAUUUUAAUAGGAAAAAUGGAAUGAUAUCAUCGGAAAUGAUGACUUCAUCUCAGAAUUUCACACACUCGUCAUGUAAUUGGACAAAAUUACAAUUUUUGUUGCGUAAUAUUGCGCCUUGAAUAUUGUAACAUUACAACUUCAUUCUUGUCAAAUUAUAGAUGUCAUUUUGCAAUAUUAAGUCUUAAAUUCGUAUGAAAUCACGACGAUUCUUAUAACAUUCCGACUUUCUUCUCGCUAAAAUCUGGUCUUACUCUCUUGAAAUUACCAUUUUAUUUUCGGAAUUGCACACACUCGUCAUGUAAUUGGAGUCGCCGUGUAAAUGCUACGUCUAAAAUGUAACAUUUCUCAGCAUUACAACUUUUGCCGCGUAACACUAUGACUCGCCUCAUGCCGACUUUUUCUCAUAACAUUACAACUUUAUGCUUGUUCUUGGCGAAAUACUUCAUUCUCCUUUUAUUCUCAUAACAGCACGACUUUUUUUCACGCUGAAAUAUAACGUCAUUCUUGUCAAAUUAUAGAUUGUGUUUUGUAAUAUUAAGACUUAGUUCUCAUGAAAUUACGACUUUAUUCUUGUAACAUUAUGACUUUUUUCCUCACUGAAAUAUGAUGUUGUGCUCUUAAAUUACGACUUUAUUCACGCAAUUUCACACACUCUUCUCUUGGGACUGGAUUAUUUGGACAGAAAAAUGAAUAUGGUUCUUUUUGACGUUUUUUUUUUCGUCAUAACAUUGUGACUUUUUUCUCGUAACAUUACAACUCUUCUACUAAAGAGAGUAAAACAGUUAGCAUGAGGGAGCUAACAAUGCACAUCAUUGGACACACCUAUUUUGACUAUAAAGCCCUCUAAAAAAACCUCAAACAACAUUUUAUCAUUUUAUAUACAUGCAGUAACAGGUACAUUCACAAUAACAUAUAAUACUUUGAGUAUUUUAUCGUAUUUUGAUCACUUUAAAUAUUACUUGAACUUCUUUCCCGGGUGCAUUGAUUUCACAUCUAGUGCUGCUUCCAUCAACAACAGCAGCGUGUCAAGGCCGUGCCUGUUUGUUACUACUAAUCAUGGCGGACUUUGUGAGAGCCCCCGACUACUUUUGGACAAAUGAGGAUGCAGAACCUUAUCAUUUUGAUCCUGAACAUACGGAGGAUGAGCUACAGGUUUUAGAAGCUGAGCCCGCGAGAAGAAAGAGUGAGACUUCGAAGGUAACAGAUGGGGGGCAAGUCAUUACACCAGCAUGACUUGGUGGUGCAAAUGUGGAGCUUGUCAAGCCAUGCCGACGGAAAUGGAGUGUGGCAACCAGUGUUAGCCUUGAUGGAAAGGCUUCGUGUGUGACACACGUGUGCUCAUGUUUCACAUAAGGAUUGUGGAUGAUGGGCAAAAUUCCACAAAAGUGCAGUCUUCCAGGCGGUGGUUGCGCUCACGCAGGCAAGGCCAGCCCUGUGGAUAAAACUCAUGGUAAUUUACGCUUUCAAAACACAACCAUGACCGACACCUGUUUUGCUGUAGUAGGCAGCAAUGUAAUUCUGUGACGAUGAAAAUACAACCUAAUGGACGAGUGACAAAUAUGCCAUAUUUGUCAGAUUUAUGGUGGACCAAGAACGCGGCUUCUGGACACUUCAUUAGGAACACGUGCAUCUUUUCUGAAAGAUGUUACAAAUAAUGUUGUUGUGGGUUUUUUUUUUUUUUAAAUCAAAGUAAUAAAACUGAGCAUUAUUAUCUUAAAAGGCACACUUUUUGAUGAAAGUCUAUUGACGGUCCAGGUGCACCUUAUAAAGUGGGAGAGUCAGUCCCAAAAACAGCAGUACACACCUGUCAUACACAGGAUCUUUGACUUACAUUUCUUUUGCAGUAGAGUCUGAAAAAUAGCACAGUACUCUUGUCACAUAGAUGAUUUUGGACAAGUGUUUUUGCAGUAGGUCAUUAAUAGCAGAGUGAUCCUGUCAUGUAGAGGAUCUUUGAUUAGUUUUUGCAGUAAAUGAUUAAAAACAGCAGCACACUCCUGUCUGACAGAGGAUCUUUAACUAGGAUUUUUGCAGUAGAGCCUGAAAAACAGCAGAGUGCUUCUGUCACGUACAUAAUUGUUUUUGCAGCAGGUCAAUAAAAACAGCAAAGCGCCCUUGACAUAUAGCAGAUCUUUGACUGUGUUUUUGUAGCAUGUUCUCAAAAAGAGCAAAGUGAUCCUGUCAUGUAGAGGCUCUUUGACUAUCAUUUUUGCAUUAGGGCCUUGAAAACAGCAGCACGCUCCUGUGAUAAAGAGGAUCUUUGCUUAGUGUGUUUUCAGCACAUCCUUAAAAACAGCAGAGUGAUCCUAAAGAGGAUCUUUGACCAGCGUUUUUGCAGCAUGUCGCUAAAAACAGCAGCGUCUUUGACUAGUGCCUUUGUAGCAGGUCCUUAAGAACAGUACGACACUCCUGUCACAUUAGAGAAUCUUUGAUUAGUGACUUGGUGGUAGGUUAUUAGAUAUAGAGCAGGGGUCCCAAAUUACCGGCCAAGUGGGUCCGAGCUCUCUGAUUCGUGAUUUGGCUGUGACGUCACACGCCGCAUUGAUUGACGUCCAGGGUCUGUGCAGGUCCAUUCAGGAGCUUCAGAUGGAGUUGGAGCGCGGUGGCAGCAGUGCCGUGGCAGGCGCGCCAGGCUGGGGGGGCUUCACUCCAAUGAGAGCAUCUCCACCACUAACGGGGAGCAGCACUCUGCUUGGCAGCCCGUCAUGGGUGGCGUCAGUCCCCGCAACCUCACGGCAGUGUCGGAGGAGUGGGUGGCUGGCAUCAGCCUGGUGAUGGCGCUCAUCGUGCUGGCGAUCGUGCUGGGCAACGUGCUAGUGAUCGUGGCCAUCGCCCGGACACAGAGGCUCCAGACGCGCACCAACGUGUUCGUGGUGUCGCUGGCGUGCGCGGAUCUCAUCAUGGGGGUGCUGGUGGUGCCCUUCGGCGCCACGCUGGAGGUGCGCGGCUCCUGGGCGUACGGCUCCUUCUUCUGCGAGUUCUGGAUCUCCGUGGACGUGCUGUGCGUCACGGCGAGCAUCGAGACGCUGUGCGUGAUUGCGGUAGACCGCUACGUUGCCAUCACGGCGCCCUUUCGCUACCAAAGCCUGCUCACAAGAGCCCGCGCUAAGGCAGCGGUAUGCGCCGUGUGGGGCGUCUCGGCGCUGGUCUCCUUCCUGCCCAUACUCAUGCACUGGUCCCGGGACAGCGCGCACACCGCCUGCUACGAGGACCCGGCGUGCUGCGACUUUGUCACCAACCGGGCGUACGCAGUCUCCUCCUCCGUCAUCUCCUUCUAUCUUCCUCUGGUGGUUAUGGUGUUCGUGUACGCGCGCGUCUACCGGGAGGCGAAGCAGCAGCUGCGGAAGAUCGACAAGUGCGAGGGUCGCUUUCACAUCCACAGCUCGGCGGGGCAGUGCAAGAGGAAGCCGCCCCGGAUGGCCGCUCUGCGAGAGCACAAGGCGCUCAAGACGCUGGGUAUCAUCAUGGGGACCUUCACCCUCUGCUGGCUGCCCUUCUUCAUUGUCAACGUGGUGCGAGUCUUCGGCGCCGAGUUGGUGGACAAGGACCUGUUCGUCUUCCUCAACUGGCUCGGCUACGCCAACUCGGCGUUCAACCCCGUCAUCUACUGCCGGAGUCCGGACUUCCGGCGGGCGUUCAAGAGGCUCCUGUGCUGGAGGAGGAGGCCGAGGAGCGAAGGCAUGCUGCACGUCAGCUCCUGUGACCUGAGCCGCUACUCCGCAGGCUUUGUGGCCUCUAUGGAGCCCGGAACCCUUGGUCUGUGGACGGACUGCACCGGGCUGGACAACAGUGACAGCAGCCUGACAGGAACCGGCAAGCUGUCCCGCUCAGAGUCCCAUCUGUGACUGAAACUAAACAGGCUUUUCUACAUCCUGGAAGGAGAACAACAUGAGCAAAGUACAUUAAAAGCCAUAAAAGGAGGAACAAGUUGUGGGUCAAACAACUCUUUAUAGGGUGUAGAAAUAAUUCUUUUUCCAUUAGAAUUUGUCUUUUUCAGCACCCUUUAAGUUCCCAAAAUAAGAUGCAAAGAGUGCAGCCGUCCUUGUUUUUACCUCACAGCCGUCGGCAAGUGCAAUUGUUGCAGCUAUUUGUUCCUAUUUAAUGUUCUUUAUUGUUAUCAAUGCUUAUUUAUUUCCGCUGCACUGUGGGUUUGAGUAGAGUGUGUCUUGUUGCUGUCAAGCUUUACGUGCUAUUUGUAUACGUGUCCUGUGAAAUGCGAAUAAAAAGAAAAUAGCAUGGCUUGCUUCCUUUUAUUCAACGACUUACAAGCGUUUUUAAAUGUUAACUACUCUUCAUUACUGCAGCAUCCAUUCUUAUGGAUGGUGGUCAACCUAAGCCGGGAGCAGAUUAGCAUAUAAAUAGACUUCAAUUGCUCCAAUGUCAAUUGAACAUGCAUUAACCUUUAAGAGCUGUCGUGAGAAAUGAGCCAAAACUC